GCGCGGAAGACCACCUGCGCGCCCGACUGUCCCGCUUUGUCGUUUUAUUGAAUAACUCAUAUAUAAGACUUUCGCAUGUGAGUGAGGUAAAAUACCGUGAGCUUAUCAUCACGUUAGCGCAGGCCUCUGCAGUCAAUGAGUGGGAAACGCGGCAGGUAUCAGUUAGUCAAUGGAAGCCAGAUGCCAACCAAGCAGGAGUUCAGCCCUGUUGGAUUCUACAAAAAGUCGGGUUACUUGAGUCCUCUGGAGCGGGCAUGCCUCAAUAUUCCAAAAGGUGUUCCAUCGCAACACAAGCAGCAGCCAGUGCCUCCCCGAGCUCGCCGGAAGCUAAGCUGUACCAGGUUGAAAAAAGUGAGGGAAGUGUGCAUCCCUGCCAUCACCAGAAACAAGGUGAUGGAUAGUCAGCCAGCACAGUUACCAAGGAAAGCAACCUCUCCUAGGAAAGCAACCUCCCCUAGGAAAGCAACCUCCCCUAGGAAAGCAACCUCCCCUAGGAAAACAACCUCCCCUAGGAAAGCAACCUCUCCUAUGAAAGAAAGCUCUCCUAGGAAAGCAACCUCCCCUAGGAAAACAACCUCCCCUAGGAAAGCAACCUCUCCUAGGAAAGCAACCUCCCCUAGGAAAACAACCUCCCCUAGGAAAACAACCUCCCCUAGGAAAGCAACCUCUCCUAGGAAAGCAACCUCUCCUAAGAAAGAAAGCUCUAGGAAAACAACUUCUCCUGGAAAAGAGACUUCCCCUAAAAAAGAAACUUCCCCCGAGAAAGUAACCUCUCCUAGUAAAGCAACCUCCCCUAGGAAGCCACCUGCUCGUAAUACAAUCUCCCCUGAGAAGUCAACCUUCCCUAGGAAAACAACAUCUCCAAGAAAAGGAACUUCUACUAGGAAUGAAGCCUCUCCCGAGAAAGCUGGUGGCGAAGCAGCCUCUAAGAAUGAAGCCAGUUCUGCACCGGUGACCUCUGCACUUGAAACACCUACCCUUACGCCUUCCAGCCAGAAAAAAUUCUUUAAACAUAAGCAACGUACUUCUCCUAGGAAAGGUUCUCCAAGUAAAGGGUCUCCCCGGAGGCGUGCUGUUGAUAGAUAUGUGGAACAACAGUUGAAAUCUGUUAAGGGGAAAUCAGGUAGCCGGCUGUUAUCGUUGCCAUCCCGAGUAAAGGCGAAUAAGGGUAGGCGUGAUACGGCAGCAGCUAGUCUACUCAAUAAUGUCAGGCGAUCACCCCGAAAGCUCGACAGCCCAGCCGCUGGUGACUCGGCGAGACGAAGCGAGCCUGAGAUGCCUACACCUGCAGCGGUCGUCGAUAACCAUGACUCGAGCGAUCGAGGCGACGAGAUCGCGGGGAGGCGGUCGCCGAGGAAACGCGGCGCCGCAGCCGGCGACGACUCCGAACCCGACGCGAAGAGGACACGGAAAAAGCUGUCUUACAUCGACGCCAGCGAUCCGCCGACCCCGGGUCGCGGCAAGGACGGCGACGUCUGCAAGAGGGUCGAGGUCAAGCUGUUCCCGGUGUUCACCGGCGAGACGCCGCCGCGCCGCACCGGCCGCAUCUCGCUCACCGCGUCGCCAGCGUCGUCCGCCGGCUCCCCGUCGUCGAUCGCGCUCGCCAGCAGGUCGCGCCGCCGUCACCGCGACGGCAACGACGGCCGGGAGCAGCUGGUGAUCGACGCCGGGCAGCGGCGGUUCGGCGCGACGCAGUGUGAUGCCUGCGCGAUGGUGUACACGCACGGCGAGGACGAGGACGAGGCCGCGCACACGCGCUUCCACGAGCGCCACCAGGCGGCGCUGCGCUUCGGCGGCUGGAAGCGCGAGCGCGUCGUGCGCGAGUACCCCGACGGUCGCGUCGUCAUGGUGCUGCCCGACGACCCAGCGUACUGCCAGCGCAAGGUCGACGAUGUGCGCCACCUUGUGGACGCCGACCUCGGCUUCGUCGACGUGAACGGCGGCGCCCUCUCGUCGCGACGUACGCUGCUCUUCGUCGCCGAGCGGCGCGUCAUUGGCUGCUGCGUCGUCGAGGAGACGCAUCGCGGUUACCGGGCGCUCAGCAGUGCGCGGCCGCGCGGCGCGGCGGGCUCGCCUGACGACUCUGCGCAGCGCGUCUGGUUCUGCAGUGCGAAGCCCGAGCCGGCGCGCUGCGGCGUGUCGCGCAUCUGGGUGCACUUGUCGUCGCGGCGACGCGGCAUCGCGACGCGUCUGCUCGACUGCGUGUGUGAGAGCUUUGCGUUCGGCUGCACCCUGCGCCGAGAGGAGCUCGCUUUCUCCGACCCGACACCGGACGGGCGAGAGUUUGCGACCCGCUACAUGGGCACGCCGCACUUCCUAGUGUACAAGUACCAGUGAGUUUGUGUAGGGCUGCGCUGGCAAGCCGCACUCGCUCGUGUACUACUACAAGUACCGCUGAGUAGAAUGCAAACUUCACCUGUCAAAAGACAGAUUUAGAGAGAAAAAAAAGUCAUUGAAUAGUAUCAUUUUUUAGUCCUCUGUGUGAUGUUCAUGGUUUAUUACUUCAUUGUUUGUUUCCAGGUUUCUGUAGAUAACUACAGUAUUAUCGAGUGAUGUAUCCUCACGGACCCUUAGUGGAUAAUAAAGUUUGCUAUCUUGCGUUAUUAAAUCGAAAUAAUAUUCCCUGGUAUACUCUCACAUUUAUUGUAUAAACAACAAUAUGUAAUUAGCGAAGAAUCUAGUGAUAUAGAUGUUAGAUGAUGUAGGAUACCAUUCAAGUUGUUUAUUCGUCUUACCAUUAUUGAAAAUGGUAAGUGUUAGUAUAUAGUAUUUUGUAUUUUUUUUUCAGUAAAAGACAGAUAUAAGACCAGAAAUGUUUUAUAGUUUUGAAUAGUGGUGAAAUGGGACCACAACUGUAUUUGCUAUGAAGACUAAUAUUAGAUUGAGUGUUUUGUCUUAUGUUUGCACUAUCAGUAUGUUGAAAUUUUAUAAUAAGCUAUAGAAAAUAAAAGUAUUUGUAUUACUAAUA